AUGAAAUUAAACAUCAAAUGGCAUGUUGGAGUUGACACUUUACCGGCGCUACACCAUCUCGCGAAGUUCACCGUGUACACCCCUAUUGAAGAUGUGUGCGAAAUAUUGCAGGAACUUAUACCUUAUAGUGAGAAUCGGAAAGUUGUGAAGAUCGAGUACCGCUCACCAUCUGUUGACAAAUAUGAGAAGCUUGUGUUCAUCAAUCGUAAGCUGAAGAACGAAGAUGAUCUACAGGUUAUGUGGAAUACUUUUACCAGUUUUGAGGAGAAAGUUCUGAUCGAGCUAGAUACGACUAUAACAAGAUCGGUCAAUGAUAUUAUCAUAAUGUUGCAACGUCCACCUAGACGUUGA